GCACAACACACAUCGAAACUUUUUUCUCGCUUUUCGUCGCCGUCGUUUCGUUGCGUUUUUUUCCCCGUCAAGAAAGAGUGCGAUCAGGUGCGUGUAUCGCGGUGAAAAUAGUGAAAAUAUCCCGCAAAAUUCCCUGGAAAAGGACACGUAAAAAACGGGAACCAUGUACCGCUUGCUAGUGCAGAAGACGCUCCACAGCGGAUCGAAGCGGCAAAGUACUCAACUGCUUCGUAGUCUAAGCACCAGAGGGGCAUCCAACAUCCCACAGUUCCGUGAGGCUGGUUUCGGAAAGGUGCUGGUUGUUUUGUCCCCAUUCCUUGUUGGUGGAGGUGUUGUUGCGUACGCUAAAUACGACAAUGAGUUUAGGAAAACGCUUGUCACAAACGUUCCAGCCCUGGAGCCGGUAUUGAAGGCGCUUCUACAGGAAGAGAACCCACUGGAUGAAGUGUCGAAGAAACUGGAUGAAAUUUCCAGCACCAUCAGCGGGUACACUUCCACCGUUACCGGAUUUUUCACGGGCGGCAGCAAGGAAGAGGAGAAAAAGCCAGAAAAGAAGGUUGAUUUGCCACCGGUCACUCGUUCAAAAUCGGUGCAUGUACCUGUCCCAUCUCCCCCUCUACCCGAACCGGAACCAACGGUGGAAAAAGCCAAACCAUCAAAACCAGUCGCUAAACCUGCCGCUCCAGCUGCUCCUAGUCCAGCGCCUGCCUCGAAAGCUGCCCCAGCUAAGGCGACUGCGCCAGCAGCUGCUGCAACGGUUCCCAAACCGGUUGCUCCAAAACCUGCCGAAGAAGUGCCCAAAUCUAUCAGCGAUCUAGAGCGACAGAUCGAUGUUGCGGCAGCAACCGCCAUCAAGGAGUACGGCAAGGCUGUGCAGGUGCUCAAGGACUACACCAACGAGGUCAAAAAGGUGGUCGAUGAGUCCGUUGAUAAGCUGGAUUCGUCGAGUUGGGUGCUCCUGCGCAAUCGCACCAGCGCACGAGAUACUGCCCUGAAGGCAGCGGAGGAUGCGGCUGAAGAUGCCCGUGAGAAUAUCGAAAAGCUGCAUCGCUUGCUGGACAGCCGCGAUAUCAAGUGUUCCGAUGAGUUGAAGGAUAAGGCUCGUGAAAACAUUGCUGCAUAUCUGGAACAUCUGAAGAAGGCCAAGGAAGAUGUCUACAAAGCCCGCAACCUUGCUACCUUGGGUGAAAAGUACUGGAAGAAGGUAGAAACAGCGAGAAACUUUUUCAUCGAUGAAAUCGAAUCGCUGUUUCCGGGUAUCAACCUGAGCGAAAAGAAACUGGAUCUGUCCAAGGACGAUCUGGAUUUGUUCAUCCUGCAUGCCUUCACCCAGGUGGUGGCUCACCAGAAGGAACUGCAGAAGCUGCAGAUCGAGGGUGACCAGCAGCUGAAGCGCGCCCUCGAGGCGGUGCGUGGAACCGAUCAAAGCGAAGCCGUCAAGGCACAGCUCGAGUACGAAAUUGCCAAGGAGAAACGCGAGCUGAACCUGCGGAACCAAAGAAAGCUGCUGGCCAUUCGGGCUGAACUGGAGCGCAACCUGCGCAGUCAGAUGAAGCGUCAAUCGGAGGCGCACACCGACCACCUUGCCGAUGCCCUGGCCCAGAAGGAGGUGGAAAUGAAACGAAAGUUCCAGCGUGAGUUGGACGAAAAGAUUACCACGGAACAGGCUGCCUACAAACUUCAGCUGGCCGCAAUGCUGGGCAAACUCAAAGGAAUGGAUGCCGCCCUGAAAGAAAUCGAUGACGAAAUGAAAGGUCGUGCCGAUGCCGAAAAGAGCGCCCAUCAAGCCCAAGCCCUGUGGGGAGCCUGCCAAUCGCUGUGGUCUUCGAUUCGCUCCGGUCAACCUGGCAAAUCGUGGCGCGAGCAACUGCGGCCACUGAAGGACGAAAUCGGUGCCGUGGCUCGUGCCGCCGAAGGAGACGAACUGGUGGGAGUGGUGCUGAAGGGACUCCCGGAAACGGCCAAAAACCGAGGCGUAUACCCCGAGGAUGCCCUGCGAGAGCGCUUCAUCAAGGUGGAACAAGUGUCCCGUCGUUUGGCUCUAGUGCCCGCUGAAGGUGCUCGUUUGCCCCUGUACUUCCUAUCCUUCCUGCAGGCUGCCCUGAUAGCCAAACCGGACGUUCCCAUUUCGAAAGACGAGCUAGAAGACAAGCCGUUCGAUUUCAACAAGUUAGAUACGUACGACAUUCUGAACCGCGCUCGCUACUGGUUGGAUCGGGGAGAUCUGGUCAAAACGGUCCAGUACAUGAACCUGCUGCAGGGAGCAUCCAGGAAAGCCGCCAUGGAUUGGCUGAACGAGGCCCGUUUGCUGCUGGAAACCCAACAAGCUGCAAGCACUCUGAUGGCACAUGCGUCCUCCAGUGGAGUUCGUUUCCUGUAAGAGAAGAAAGGCGCCAUCCUACGUGUUACUUUAAGUGUCCCCAACAGCUGUCCACCCGCAAGACCGUUUCCAGAGUCGUCGUUGUUGUUACUGCCAGGGUGCACCCAGUAAUGCAACCUGCCAGUCAUAAGAAUGUAAAGUUUGCCGAAACCUCGAUCGAGCCACAUGGAUCAUGGAUGUCAUCGAUUGUGUUGUUUUAAUUUUAUUAAGUUUAACGACAUUUAAACUGAGAUAAACUCUUCGUUCCCAACUAACGGAACGAGGACGAACAAAUCCAAGUAUUGCGCACCGAAAAUUGAAAGUGUUAAUUGGCAUUUUGAGCAGAUGACCCAGAAAAUUGGAUUUACUAUUAUUCUAUUAUGAUUUACCUUGGUGCUUUAAUGGCGAAGAAAGCUUCUAAGGGGAAAAAAUAGGUCGCAAAUUGAAAAAAAAAUACGAAACCGGUAAAAAUUUGUGGAAGCAAAUGUUUUUCAAAAUUUAGGAAGAAAAUGUACUCUAAGGAAGAUUAAGUUAAUACACAACUAUAAAUCGAAAUCAUUGCGAAA